AUGGAUCCUUUCACACAACAACUUAAGAAAUGGAAAAAAAGACAGAAAGAAUUAGAUAAAAUUCUUCAUAACAAUAGAGAUAGAGAAUUAGAUCUUAGAAAACGAAAUGCCUUGUACUUACAAAGAAUACAGAAAACCAAUCGUCAUCAACAAGUACAAGCCUUACGUCAUGUAAAUGAAGAAGAACAACCAAGUUCUUCAUCUCAUUUACCAUCACCUCAUUCACCACCAGGGAAACCGAAACCCAUUUCUCAGUAUUAUAAAGUGAGAUUAGAUUCCACCAGACAUUCCAGAAAAUUUAAAGCCCAAGAAAAUAAAUACAAUAUCAAUUUUGAGGAAUUUCCAGAAGAAGAAAACAAAGGAUUUGUUCGGCGAUUAUUUAGAGACAUGUUAAAAACGGUUAAAUAUGAAAUGCAGUGUAAUCCUAACGAUUACUUACGCUUGAACAUACGUCAUCCUUCUCUGAAAUCUGAAAUCUGGUACGAGUUUACUCAAUGUAAACAUUUGAACGAGGAGGUCAUUUUAAACAAAAUAGAAGCCGUUCAACAAUCUAAAAAAGAUUUUAAACUGGGAGACGGGUCUAUGGAAUUCGACAUGUUUCAUGUGAAAUAUCCAGAAGGAAGUGGUGGAAAUAAUACCAAACACCUGAUGAUCAAUAAGGACACUUUCCUUAAAGGAAAAAAAUCUAUCGUUCAGAUCGAUAAUCCCUGGGAUAAGAUGUGUUUAGCUAGAGCUAUUGUCAUCACCCGGUUACACAGUGAAAAACCAGAAAAUCCCGACCUCGAAUGGGAAAAAAGAUGGAAACGUAUGCGGAUAGGAGAUGUAAGGAGUAAUGAUCAGGAAAAUCAAGCUAAAGCUCUCAUGGAACAAGCCGGGUGUGAUAUUCAUCAAUCUUGUGGACCCGAAGAAUGGGGGAAAUUACAACAAGUGUUAUAUCCUCAAUAUCGACUGAAAAUAUUUCAGAUCAAGUCUAUGUCUUCUAAAUUCUCCUUAGAACCUAUCUACAAAGGGAAUGGACAAGGAAUUUCUUUAAACAUUUUGUUAGAAGAUCAUCAUUACCAUGCCAUUUUAUCCAUGCCUGGUAUCACAGGAUGUCAAUAUUAUUGUGAUCAUUGUGAUGUGGGGUAUAGAAACAUCACAGACCAUCGAUCCAAAUGUCCUUUUCGAUGUGAUUUUUGUUUAUCUUACCCUCCAUGCCCUAAAGACGGGAGCCAGAUUUCAUGUCCUCAUUGCCAGGGAUUUUUUAAGAAUAGAGGUUGUUAUGAAAAUCAUUUACGACCUUACAGUAAAAAUACGACAACAACCAUUUGUAAUUUAAUGGGACGAUGUGACCAAUGUCAGAAAUGGAUGCCUAAAAAAUUAUUAUCUCAUCACUUAUGCGGAGGACGGAAACAAUGUAAGAUCUGUAAGAAAAUUGUACAGAAUGAUCAUCAGUGCUACGUUCAACAGAAACCUCCCAAAAAGAAGAAGGGAAAAGAGACAUUACAGAUUUACAUUUAUUUCGAUUUCGAAUGUACCCAGGAAAACGGCAUUCACAUCCCUAAUCUGUGUGUAGCACAUCGGGUCUGUCAACAUUGUGGGCAUUUACCCAUUGAGGAUCCUUGUCCUCAUUGUCGGCACAUGGGACCCCGUCAACAUGUGUUUCAAGGAUUAAAUACCUUAAAAGACUUCAUGGACUGGUUAUUACAACCCAUCAGCAAAGGAAAUAAGAAUGGUACUUUAUUACACGACGAGGCCAUCAUCAUUGCUCACAAUUUCAAAGGAUAUGACGGACAGUUCAUUUUAAAUUACCUGGUGCAUUCUGCUUGCAUUAAACCCACCGUCAUCCAGAACGGGAGUAAAAUCUUAUCCAUGGAAAUCCUUGGAUUGAAAUUCAUCGAUUCUUAUAAUUUUUUACCUUUUGCUCUGUCCAAGAUGCCUUCCGCUUUUGGAUUCACCGAACUGAAAAAAGGGUAUUUCCCCCACUUUUUUAAUACGGUACAGAACCAGAAUUAUGUAGGGCCUUAUCCACCUGCGUCAUUCUACAAUCCGGACGACAUGACUAUUAAUGGACGACAAGCUUUUUUCCAAUGGUACGAUCAACAAGCUGGAAAAGUGUUUGAUUUCCAGAAGGAAUUUUUAGAGUAUUGUAUUUCCGACGUCGAUAUUUUACGACGAUGUUGUGCUCAGUUUAGAGCCACCCUCAAGAAUUUAGUGAAUGUAGAUCCCUUUCAGGAAUCUAUCACUUUUGCCAGUGCAGCCAAUUUAGCUUACCGUCGAGGAUUUAUGCCCGAAGAUACCAUUGCCAUCAUUCCUAACCUGGGAUAUCAACCUGCUCGUCAAUAUUCGGCCAAAGCCUGUCGGUGGUUAACCUUUUUGAGUCAACAGAGUGGAUCUCACAUCCAGCAUGCGAGAAACGGGGGAGAAGUCAAGAUCGGGAGUUAUACUGUAGACGGAUAUCAGGAAGAUAACCACACCAUCUACGAAUUUUACGGAUGUUAUUGGCACGGAUGUCCCACCUGCUUUUCCAAUCUACAGACCGAAACUCAUCCUCACCAACCCCAAUGGACUUACCAACAAUUAUAUGAAGAAACUUUAAGAAGGAAAUCAGUCUUAGAGCAAUUUGGUUACUCUGUCACCUCUAUCUGGGAGCACGAAUUCGAUCAACAAGUGCAAAGAGAUGAAGUUUUACAGAAUUUUUUAUCAGACCUCAACAUUUCAGAUCCUUUAAACCCCCGAGAGGCUUUGUAUGGAGGUCGGACCAAUGCUACACGAUUAUAUUGUGAGGAAGGAGAAAUGAGAUACAUAGACGUUUGUUCUCUGUACCCUUACGUGUUAAAACACAGACCUUUUCCUGUAGGGCAUCCUCAAAUCAUUACCGAUCAAUUCCAAGACGUCAGAUCCUAUUUUGGACUCAUUCAUUGUCGGGUCUUACCACCUCGAGGCCUCUAUCACCCCGUUUUACCUUAUCGCACAGGAGGUAAGUUAUUAUUUUCCUUAUGCCGAACAUGUGCAAAACAACAAGACCCUAAACAUCGAUGUCGACACAAUUCCCGUGAACGCAGUCUCACAGGUACCUGGGUGACCACCGAAUUACACAAAGCCUUGGACAUGGGGUAUACUUUAGAGAAGAUAUACGAAGUUUGGCAUUUUCCAGAAAGCAGCACAGAUUUAUUCAGACCUUACAUCGAUACUUUUUUAAAGAUCAAACAAGAAGCGUCUGGAUUUCCACCGGAGUGUCAGACGGAAGAACAGCAAUUAAAUUACAUUCGUCAAGUGUUAGAAAAAGAAGGGAUUAGAAUGGAUUGGUUAAGUAUUGAAAAAAAUCCAGUGCGAAGAACCAUAGCUAAACUUUUUUUAAAUUGUUUGUGGGGAAAAUUUGCUCAACGUCUGUUAUUACCAAAAACGAAAUACUUAACGGAAGAAGAGGAAUUACAUCAACUCUUACAAGAUUCCAGAAUUGAGAUUAAAGGGAUCCAACUCUUAGAAAAUAAAGAAAAUCCGGAAUUAGAUAUGAUGUUAGUCAAUUAUCAAGACAAAAAUCAAUUUGUAGAAGAAUGUCCCUUUGGAAACAUAAUACUGGCCUGUUUCACUACCGCUCAUGCCAGAUUACACCUCUACGAGACUUUACAACCUUUAGGAGAUCGGGUGCUUUAUUUCGAUACGGAUAGUAUCAUUUACCAACAUAAGGAAGGACAAUUUAAUCCGAUUCUUGGAAACAGUUUAGGAGAAUGGACUGAUGAAUUGGACGGGGAUCACAUUAUCAAAUUCAUGUCUGGAGGUCCCAAAAAUUAUGCUUACCUUACCUCCAAGGGAAAUUCCAUCCUUAAAGUCAAAGGAUUAACUCUUAAUUAUCGGGCUUCUAAUAUCGUAUCCUUAGAGACUUUAGAAAAAAUGCUCAAGAAAGAAAUAGAUGAAGUCACAGUGUCUUAUCCUUACAAAAUACAGAGGACCCGAGAUCAUCAAGUCAAGACAGUACCUUUAGAAAAACAAUAUAGAAUUGUUUACGAUAAGAGACAGAUCUUGAAAGAUUAUAACACUUUACCUUAUGGUUAUUAA